AUGGCUGAUACUUUGAGCAGUCCCUUCCUUGAAAGAAAAAAAUCUCCCUGCUUUAGAACUAGUACCCUUACUUUGGAACAUUUCAAUGUGCCAGUGAUUGAAGAAGAACUAGAAGAAAUAGAAGAAAGCGAAGACAUAAUAAAUGAAGACAUAGUAGCUGAAGAACCAAUAGAGGAAGUUGUCGUGCCAGUGCAAAUCACAGACCGGAUCUUUUUUGUUGAUUUAGCCAACAAGAAACUGACAACGAUCCCCUGGCAAGUUUUUGAUCUGGAAGAUCUGGAGGAAUUGCAUUUGGAAAGAAAUAUGAUUGAGAGCAUCCCUGGAAAUAUCUGUCAACUUACAAAUGUGAAAGUCCUUUAUCUGAAUAAGAAUAACAUUGAAUAUUUAUGCGAGGAACUUGGAGAACUGAAAUGUCUUCAGAGCUUGGAUUUAAGCAAUAAUCCACUUUCUCGUGAUUCACUGAAUAUCAUCAGUAAACUGAGAGCACUUUGUCAACUCAGGUUAUAUGAUAUAAACCUGGAUGAAUUUCCAGUGGAAAUCUGCAAACAUCUCCAUCACCUGGAGCUACUUGGCUUGUCUACAAAUAAUCUAACUUGCCUUCCCAAAGAAAUAGUCAAUAUGACCAAGCUUACAGAGAUCUAUCUAAAAGGCAACAUGUUUGAAAAUUUCCCCACAGAACUUUGUCAUCUGUAUAAUCUGGAGAUAAUAGAUCUAGAAAAAAAUGGUCUGAACUCCAUACCGGAGGAAAUUUGCUCUCUGGAAAGUCUAGCUCAAUUUUUCAUUGCCUAUAACAAUCUGACAUUUGUACCUGAUACACUGAGCAAGUGCUCAAAACUGUCCAUUUUGGAUGUGUCGAAUAACCAUCUGUACAAACUUCCUCGAAGUUUAAAGGAGUUGACAGAAAUGAAAGAAUUUGGGUUGUCUGGGAAUGAAUUGGCAAGCUUCCCCCGCCAGAUUCGUCGCUGGAGGUCACUCAUUGUGGUUUACCUAAAAAACUGUGCGUUGCAGACGGUGCAUCCUUCUUUAGCUAAGCUCACCAAUUUGAUGAUAUUAGAUCUGAGUGAAAAUCUCUUGGAGGAAUUUCCAAGGGAGAUUUGUGCAAUGGAAAAUCUGGAGGUGCUGUCAUUGGAUGACAAUCAGAUAAGUGAGGUACCUCCAGAAGUACACAGACUGUCUCAGCUAAAGUCCCUUGGCUUGACCAGCAACAAAUUCGCCUGGUUCCCAGAGGAAAUAUUUCGUCUUGGAUCACUAGAGAAACUCUAUAUGGGGCAAGACAAAGGAACCAAGCUUGCAGAUAUACCAGAAAACAUCAGUAAUUUACAGAAUCUGAAGGAACUGUACCUUGAGAACAAUAAUUUGGAGUAUCUUCCAACAACCAUUGGCUUACUGAAUAACCUGGAAGUACUUGACUGUCACAACAACUUUAUUAUAGAGCUGCCUGAUUCCAUAUGCCGCUUACAAGGUUUGCAAAAGCUACUAGUUCAUAGCAAUCAGUUAUUUCAACUCCCAGAGAACUUGGACAGCUUACAGAAACUACAGGUUCUUUCACUCAGCGGAAACCCAAUGAUGGACCCACCGGUGGAAGUGUUCUCUGAAGGCCUGCCAGCCAUAUGGCAGUACUUACAGGAUGCAAGACUACGGAAGGCCUGGGCUGUAAAGGUCCAAGCUCGAUGGCGUGGCAUCAUGGUGCGGAAGGGGAUUGGCCCCUUUGCGGAGAUCCUGAAAAUGAUAAAGAAAGCCAAGAAAGAGAAGAAAGAAAAGAAGGGCAAGGAGAAAGGCAAAGGAAAGGGAAAAGACAAAGAUAAGGGCAAGGCUAAGGGCAAGGGCAAGAAGAAAUAG